AUGAUCCAGAAGCUGACGGCUGAGGUCGAGAAUGCCAAGUGCCAGUGUGAGGAGAUGGAGAUGGCCACACAGAAGCACACGCAGGGCCCGAGGCACAGCAAGGAGGAUCUGAACAGGCUUAACCAGGCCAUUCAGCAGCUGGCUGUGGAGCCCUGUGAACUAGAGAAAGCCAAGGACCUAGCAGCCCUGCAGGAGGAGGGCGCCUCGGGAGGUGCUAAGGGCAAGCUGGCCUGGCUGGAGGGCGCCCUGCAACGGGCCAAGCAGGACAUUGCACGGCAGUUGCGCGAGUACCAGGAGCUCAUGAUUGUCAAGUUGGGCCUGGACUUCGAGAUCGCCACCUACUGCAGACUUCUGGAGAGUGAGGAGAGCCGGCUUGGUCUGGGAUUUGGGGCAGGGAGUGUGGCCCUGGGCAGCGCUGCGGCCAGCAGGACAUUGGCCUCGAGCCCCUCCCGCCUGCUGGCGCCUCGAGCUGGCUCCGGCGCCCUGGACGCGAGCGCCCCCAGCGGCGGUUGUGCGCGCUGCGGCCGCCCAGCUUGCGACGGGGGCUUCAGCUGCAGCGGCUCCCGCGGAUGCUGA